CAGCAUCGCAAGCGGAGCCUCAACAGCGGAGCAGUCACGUCCAGAAUUAUUGCUCGGCUGUGAAGCAAGUACUGGGGCAGUCAAGGCCGGGCGACGUCCCUUCGUCAGCUGCGGCAGGGCAAACAGGCAGGAAGAAGAGACGCAAUGUGUGGCAUCACGCUGGUGGCUUGGGAGCUGUCCGCAGCAGCCGUCGAUGCUCCUGCCUGGCUCGCACCAUUGCAGUAUGCCUGUACCAAGCGAGGCCCCGAUCAAGCCGAGUCGCUGUCUCUGCUGCUGCACAGCGGCGCAGAUGCAGCGCCGGCCGUCAAAGUCGACCUCUUCUCCGCUGUGCUGGGGACGCGUGCGCCGCUCACCCGGCAGCCGUUCUCCAGCGACAGCUUUGCGCUGGCGUGGAACGGCCAGGUCUGGCAGGGAAUGGAGUACCUCUGCGCCGCAGGACAGGUGGCCGAGACGAACGACGGCGCCGCGCUCUUUGCUGCAAUCGAGAGACGCGCAAGGGGCGGCGACGUUGCGCAGAUUCUCGGCGAGAUCUUCGGCAACAUCGAGGGCCCGUAUGCCUUUGCACUGGUCGAUAAACGCCACAACGCCGUGUACUAUGCCCGCGACCCGCUCGGCCGGCGAUCGCUGCUGCGGGCGCACGAUGCGGGGCGUCUCGUCCUUGCGAGUGUGGGGUGUGCUGAAGCGCAAAGCGCAGGCCUCGUGCUGGACGAGGUGCCGUGCCAUGCAAUCUGGCGGCAGGACCUCCGGCGCCUUUGCGAAGAGCCAAUCGCGGUCUCGCGGACCUCUGCACUCACGGUCCGAUUGAGCGUGUGCGCAGCGACGGCUGAUGAGCCCGACGCGGCGCUUGACGAUGAGGACGACGCAGAGGAGAGGCUGUUGCAGGAGCUGCAGGACGCAGUCGCCAGACGCAGCACCGGCAUCGCAGGGGGCGUGCCGGGCAGCGCAGUGCUCGCCGUGCUGUACUCAGGCGGCCUCGAUUCGGCCACGCUGGCGCUCCUCGCGCACCGCGCCAUGCCGCCCGGGCCGAUUGACCUGCUCACCGUCGCAUUUGCCAAUCCGCGCGUCCUGGCCGCCGCUGCGAAAGCACCUGGACAUGCGAGCCCAUACGACACGCCCGACCGCCUCACUGCGCGGCUGGGCCUGCGCGAGCUGCAGGCCCUCGCGCCCGCGCGGGAGUGGCGGCUGGUCGAGAUCGACGUCGCGGCUGAGGAGUACGAGGCCGCGCUGCCCUUCGUGCGCGGGUGCAUGGAGCCGUGCGACAGUGUGAUGGAUCUGAGCAUCGCCGCGGCGCUGUACUUUGCCGCUCGCGGGUGGGGCCGCCUCGCCGACGGGCCGGACGGGCCGCGCAGCUACGCCAGCCAGGCGCGCGUGCUGCUCUCGGGCCUGGGCGCCGACGAGCUGCUGGGCGGCUACAGCCGGCACCGCCGGGCGUGGGAGCGCGGCGGCGCGGCGGCGCUCACCGAGGAGCUGCAGCUGGACAUCGACCGGCUGCCGUCGCGCAACCUGGGCCGCGACGACCGCGUCAUGUCGUGCCACGGGCGCGAGGUGCGGCAUCCCUUUCUCGACCGCCGCGUGAUGGCGUACUUGUGUGGCCUGCCGCUGCACCGCAAGAUGGACCUCGCGCAGCGGCCCGGCGCGGGCGACAAGCGCAUCCUGCGCCAGGUCGCGCGCCGCCUCGGCAUGGCGCAGACGGCGGGCAAUGUGAAGCGCGCGAUCCAGUUUGGGGCGCGCUCGGCGAAGAUGGGCGCCGGCGACGGGCGCAUCAAGGGGCACGAGCGGUUGGACUGAGCCAGUCCGGCCCACCACCACUGCUCCACCACUGUCACCACCUGCACCACCGCUGCACCGCUACCACUGCGCCGCCACCAAGCCGUGUCUUCAUCUGGGCAGCAUCGUCAUUGCUAAUGCCGCUACC